UUUACGUCUUGAAGACGAUGGCCCUUCUCUUCGUCAUCAACCAUGAAGCUUUGAAGGUCAUCCACAUCAAUAUUUGGUAUAAUGGCAUCCGGUUUAUUACGAUACGAGAGCGUUGGUUUUAAACGCGUAUUCCCUCGUAUCCUGCUCGUUCAUCAAGCAGACCUGUCAGUCGUCAUCUAGAGGAAUGGCAUCAACAAGCGCUGUGAAAUUCCCUCCUCUCUUAUCCAAGAAAUUCAACAUCCCCGACGUCAAGCAAGACGUGCUCAAGUGGGAUAAGGAAUGGGAGGCGGCGAUCGCAUCAACAACAGCAGCAGACAUCCUCAAGGAGAUCUCCCAUUUCCUGGAUGAUUCUUUCUUCACUCCCGAUAGCUUGAAGUUCUUUCACUUGGAUCUCCGCCACAUUCAAGAGGGCACAGCUCGAAACCUGCGCCAAGCAUUCAACACAGUACAAUUUAACACCAUUUGGUUGUUGUUGGAUGCCUCUGAGCAGAUGAGACAUAUCCUUCAGGGUCUUGAGAAGGCAUCUGAGGCACCUACGCUCUGGGGUCAAGAUAGUCGUGCUUUUUGCCCAGAUGUCACUGUUUCAAACUUCCUAUCGGAUGGCGGGAAGGGUUUUCUAGUUUUUAUUACUCGUUUCUUGGAGGUCUUCGAUUCGUCAAAUCCAGCGUUCCUACCAAAUUCGUGGUGGGAACAGGCGUCGGAUCUGCCAAACCCGUGGUGGAAACAGACUUCAAAUGGUGCUAACAGAGAGAGAUCUGAAAGUACAAAGAUCCUGUUUGAAGUCGCAACUAUUGACAGGAACAACUUCAUCGGUGGGGUUUCUCUCUCUCAUCAAACAUUGUGUGUGUCUGAAAAUCAAGUAUCAGGUUUCUUCUUGCUGUGCUCGUUGACGUCGAUUUUAUACGACAUUACCCAUCGUAGCAUGGGGAUGAAAGAUGUCCUGGACGUCGUGGAGAAUACAGGAGCAUAUUUUGCCCAUGCUUUAGCACAGGCGAAGACUACUCUCAGGGACAAACCCCUCGUACGCUGCGAGAACUGUACGAAAACACCAGAAGACAUCGGACAAGGCGUUCAUUUCAUGGUGUGUAGCACUUGCAAAUCAAAGCUCAAGUUCGAAGUGCAUUAUUGCUCCCAAUUCUGCCAGAACAAGGACUGGCCCGUUCACAAAAAGGCUUGUGGCAAGAAGAAAGUUUCAAAAGGUCUCAGCGGAACAAAGGAUGACCACCUUUGGCAAUUCAGUGGUCAAAUGAGUCCAAUUGCCGACAUGAUGUGUGGUCUCCCAACGAAUCAGGAUGGGACUGUGGAUAUCGCAAACAUUGGCGUAGGUCCCUGUAAGGGCCAACGUUCCCCUGCUGCAAAGCGUCAAGCCGACAUGCUUGAAGCCGAUAAAGAAGCCGAUUAUUUCCUCUUCACUGCAAACGGUGUGCCAGUUCGCUUCGUGAUCGAUGAUUCGGGAGCGAAGAUGGUCUUCCGGAUCCACCGGCGCAUGUACAUGACGAAGACCGCUGAUUCUGGUCUCGAGGCUAUGGCAGAGUAUAUGCUCAAACACAUGAGCGGAUAUCCUGGUUUGAGUCGGGAUAUCAUCCUCAAGCAGCUCUGCACGGAAUACGGGAACAACACUGCCAAAAGGGUGGCCGAGUGGGAGCAGAGAGCUCGAGAACUUGGAAUUGGCACCGGCACGGUGAUAGGGUCUAUGUCAAAAGAUUUCAUGAAGAUAUUAGGGCAUACCUUCUCGUGAGAUCGCAUAUUGUCUUCACAAGAGACCACAAAGAUCCAGUGCCUUCUGCUCGCAUCUGUCCAACAUUCCUCCAACUUGAAACGCUCCAC